AUGACCUCCUUGCGCUUUGUUCGAUCGGUUUGGGAGUCCUUUCGGGCCACUUCGGGGCUAGAGCCUCGUCUGCUGGACAAUCUUCGUGUGACUGCGGCCAAACCCGGCUUGGUCAAUUUCGAACUGGACAUCAAGAAAGAGCAUACCAAUCGCCUGAACAUCCUCCAUGGCGGCACCAUCGCUAGCAUGGUGGAUCUAGGUGGCUCCUUGGCUGUUGCUUCCCGCGGUCUGUUUGCGACAGGCGUCUCCACCGAUCUCAAUGUGACAUAUCUCAGCUCGGGUGGUAAAGUAGGAGACAAGAUCCUGGCGGAAGUCAGCUGUGACAAAUUUGGCAAGACCCUUGCAUACACCUCGAUCAAGUUCCUCAACACCAAGGGGGAGGUUUUUGCAAGAGGAAGCCAUACUAAGUUUGUCGCACUUGCCUGGAAGGACCCUCAAAACAUCGUCGAGGAGAUGUCCAAGAGCGAGUCCUAG